CCAGAAGACACAUUUUGUUUGUGAGCUCAGAAGUCAUGUCUGAAAGCCAUAAUGGUGAAAUCAAGUCAAAGAGUAUCACUGAGAGCGCAGGUACUUCUGAUACAGGACUCGGAUGUUGUGGCUGGUUUUUGGUGAUACUUUCCUACUGCUUUGUUGCAAUCACAUUUCCGGUGUCUGUAUGGAUGUGCUUAAAGAUUGUGAAGGAGUAUGAGCGCGCUAUCAUUUUCAGGCUGGGCCGCAUCCUGCGCGGAGGAGCAAAAGGACCAGGUCUGUUCUUUGUGCUGCCCUGCACAGACAACUUUGUGAAAGUGGAUAUCAGAACUAUUUCAUUUGACAUUCCUCCCCAAGAGAUUCUGACCAAGGAUUCAGUGACAGUCAACGUGGAUGGAGUCAUGUACUACCAGGUCAAGAACGCUACACUUUCUGUAGCUAAUAUUACAGAUGCAGACUCAGCCACCCAGCUCCUGGCCCAGACCACCCUGAGAAAUGUGCUGGGUACAAAGAGCUUGGCCCAGAUCCUGUCUGACAGGGAGGAGAUUUCCCAUAGUAUGCAGAGCACACUUGAUGCUGCUACAGACGACUGGGGUAUUAAGGUUGAACGUCUGGAGAUAAAGGAUGUAAAGCUCCCAGUGGAACUACAAAGAGCGAUGGCAGCUGAAGCUGAGGCUGCGCGAGAGGCCAGAGCUAAGGUUAUUGCUGCUGAAGGUGAGAUGAACGCCUCCCGGGCUCUAAAGGAAGCGGCAAUCGUCAUCUCAGAGUCGCCAGCCGCAUUACAGCUGCGUUACCUGCAAACCCUAAAUACCAUUGCAGCAGAAAAUAACUCUACAAUCGUCUUCCCUCUGCCUAUUGACAUGAUGCAAGGACUUAUGGGUAGCAGGAAGUAACAGCUCUGUUUGAUUCUAUGGCCCAUGAGAGCAGAAGAAUAUGUGAGAUAGAAAACACAUGCUUUAAUCAAUGAUAAAACAACAAUAACAAUGUUUUGCUUGCUGUAAAAAAAUAAAUAAUUUUUGUAAUUGUUUUUAUAA